AUGGCGAGUGAUGGUAAUGCGACCUCUACUGCUGCCACACCUUCGACAAGCACUAUGGCUUCUCCAUUUAUGUGCAAUGUAUCUCUACCGCCUAAACUGGCAAUACACAGUGGAAAUUUGUCUAAAGAAUGGAGACAAUGGCGACAAGUCUUGGACGCUUACAAAGAGGUGACCGACCUUCGUAAUAAAACAAGUCGCCUUCGCGUUGCAACGUUCAUCACUUGCAUCGGUAAAGAAGCUCUCGAAAUCCAUAAUGGUCUACCUUUUAGCAGUGAAGAGGAGAAAUCAAACAUGACCAAAGUCCUGGAAUUGUGGGAGACGCAUUGCAUCGGCAAAACCAAUAUUAUUUACGAGAGAUACAAAUUCAACAACAGUUCACAAGAACAGACAGAAUCAAUCGAUACGUACAUGACCGCUUUGCGAGCUCUCGCCGAAACUUGUGAAUUUGGAACCUUGAGAGACCAUCUAAUUCGCGAUAGAAUUGUCUGUGGAGUCAGAGAAAACGCUAAGCCUUCCCAAAAAUCCAAGCCCAGAAAGGUCCAUCAGUUUGCCGACAGCGAUGACCCAAGUUACUCAUCUGAAGAAGAAAUCUUGUCUGUGUCCUCUCAAAAUGCUGUCAAUACUGUGGAAAUGUCCGAAUUCAAGAGUAAAAUAUUCGCGUACUUUGCAAUCGAAGAUUUGUUAGUUAAGAUGCAAGUUGAUUCCGGAGCUUCGUGUAAUGUGUUACCUCGUAAAUUCCUGCCGAAAGGUACUGUGGUUGACACAACCGAAGUAAAAUUAACCACCUACUCUAAAGCUAACUUAAAGGGACAGGGUGUGGCAAAAAUUCAGUUGCGUAACCCGAAAAAUCAGAAGAAAUACCGUGUUCCGUUUGUGGUCAUCGAUGAAGACUACACUCCACUUCUUGGGGCUACAUCAGCCCAGCAAAUGGCAUUGAUCACCGUUCAGCACGAAAACAUCCUAAAUGUUACUGAGACAGUGGUUAAAAGUGGCUGUCAGGGUCUAACCAUGGAGGAAGUUACUACUUCUUACAGUGAUGUAUUCAAAGGCUUAGGAUGUAUGGAAGGAGCUCUUCACCUGGAAGUAGAUAUGACUGUUGCACCCGCAAUUAUGCCCCCUCACCGCGUGCCUCUAACGUUGAAGGAUAGGCUAAAAGAUGAGUUGACUCGCCUGGAGAAAGCAAGUGUAAUAGUUAAGGAAGACGAACCAACCGACUGGGUGUCUAGUCUAGUUGUUACAGAAAAACCAAAUGGCAGGCUCACAGUAUGCAUUGACCCUCAGCAUCUCAACAAGGCCCUGAAAAGAAGUCACUAUCCGCUACCAGUCAUUGAAGACAUACUUCCGGAGUUAACCAACGUUACAGUGUUUUCCAAAGCAGACCUUAAAGAUGGCUUUUUUGCAAAUACAGUUAGAUGA